AGAAGAAGAGAGCAAAGUAUAACAUGCCUGGGAAAACAGAAACAGUUUUUCAUGAGAAAGAAUUAAGCACGAUGGACCUAAUGGAUUUACAAACAGAGAAAAUGGUUAACCGGAGCACUCUAAAGAAAUAUCAGAUACUCUGUGCUGUUCUUGUAGUUUCUUUGGUGGUUGUAGCUCUUGGACUUGGUUUAGGACUCGGACUGAGGAAAACAGUGCAACCACAAGUGAGUUGCAGGCGCAGAUGCAAUGAGACGUUCAGUAAAGAGAUAGAGGACGCAGGCUGCAGUUGUGACGACAAAUGUUCAGAACGUGGCACUUGCUGCUGGGAUUAUUACAGUACCUGUGUUGUACCAACUCAGAGUUGGACCUGCAGUAAAGUGCGCUGUGAUGAGGCACGGAUGGCCAACAGUUUGUGUUCUUGCUCUGAAGACUGCUUGCAGAAAAAGGACUGCUGCACGAAUUACAACAGUGUUUGCAAAGGAGAAAUAUCCUGGCUGAAAGAUGCAUGUACCUCUUUUAACACUCCUCAGUGUCCAACAGGGUUUGAUAGGUCCCCACUUAUUCUGUUUUCAAUGGAUGGCUUUCGAGCGGAAUACUUGGAAACAUGGAGUGCUUUACUGCCAAAUAUUGCAAAACUCAAAAACUGUGGAACACAUUCAAAGUACAUGAGAGCUGUUUAUCCAACCAAAACUUUCACAAACCACUAUUCGAUAGUUACAGGUCUGUAUGCAGAAUCCCACGGCAUCAUUGACAACAAUAUGUAUGACGUCCAUCUGAACAAGAGCUUCUCCCUUUCUGGAAGUGAAAAGUCGAACCCUGUCUGGUGGAGCGGGCAGCCUAUUUGGCAUACAGCAAUGUAUCAAGGAUUGAAAGCCGGCACUUACUUCUGGCCUGGAUCUGAUGUAAAAAUCAAUGGAAGUUUCCCUAAUAUAUACAAGUUGUACAACAAAUCAAUUACAUAUGAAAAAAGAGUUACAGAAUUGUUGCAGUGGCUAGAGCUUCCCAAAUCUGAAAGGCCAGAUUUCUAUACAUUGUACAUUGAGGAACCUGACUCUUCUGGACACUCAUAUGGACCGCUUAGCGGAGGGACAAUUAAGGCCUUACAAUUGGCAGAUCAGACCCUGGGAAUGUUAAUGGAAGGCCUUAAACAAAGAAACCUGCACAAGUGUGUCAAUCUUAUACUCCUGGCUGAUCACGGCAUGGAUAAAACAUUCUGCGACAAGAUAGAAUUCAUGGCAGAUUAUCUUGAUAACAUUAAUUUUUAUAUGUAUGAAGGUCCGGCGCCACGAAUCCGAUCAGGAAAAGUUCCAUUAGACUUCUUUACAUUUGACUCAGAAGGAAUUGUCAAAAAUCUUACAUGCCGCAAGCCGCAACAACACUUCAAAGCCUACAUGACUCGGAACUUACCGAAGCGUUUGCAUUAUGCUAACAACAUUCGUAUUGACAAAGUUAAUCUCAUGGUGGAUCGGCAAUGGUUGGCUGUAAAAGCUAGGCCUGCAAAUACAAGAUAUUGUGGCGGUGGUAACCAUGGAUAUGACAAUGAAUUCAAAAGUAUGGAGGCCAUCUUUGUAGCACAUGGGCCAGGAUUUAAAGAAAAAAUUGAAGUGAAACCUUUUGAAAACAUUGAGGUUUACAACUUAAUGUGUGAUCUGCUUAAAAUUCAGCCAGCCCCAAACAAUGGAACACACGGAAGCUUGAACCAUCUUCUGAAAGUUCCUUUCUACACUCCAUCACCUGCAAAAGAGGAGUCCCCUCCAUCUUCCUAUCCUGUUAGUCCCUCUCCAUCUUCCAAUGUGUCAUCGGGUUGCAACCUCGACUCAAUAACAGAUUUAAAUGCUGUGAAUCAAAGAUUAAACCUCACCGAUAAAGCAAUAAUGGAAGCCAAAGCUCAUCAUCUGCCUUAUGGCAGGCCCCAGGUUCUACAACAAGGGAGUACAUAUUACCUCCUUUACCAGGAUAAAUAUGUGAGUGGAUACAGUACAAACAUCUUGAUGCCACUAUGGAGUUCAUAUUCUGUCAGUCAAACACCGGGACAUGUACCUUCCCCUUCUCCUCCCGUUCCAGACGGUCUGCGGCCUGAUGUUCGAAUCCCCGCAUCUCAGAGCCAAAACUGCUCCAGCUACCAGCCAGACCUGAAUAUCACCCACGGUUUCCUCUAUCCUCCCAACAUCAGUUCAUCUGGUAUCGAACAAUAUGAUGCUUUAGUUACCAGCAACAUUGUUCCUAUGUACAAAGAAUUCAAAAGAUUAUGGGAUUACGUUCAUGAUACUCUGCUUCCAAAAUAUGCUGAGGAGAGGAAUGGACUAAAUGUGAUCAGUGGGCCUAUUUUUGAUUACAAUAGUGAUGGACACUUUGAUCCGCUUGCUAUCAUUACAGAGUAUGUGGCCAACACAAAUAUUCCAAUCCCAACCCAUUACUUUAUUGUGCUGACUAGCUGUGAGAACCGGUCCCAAACCCCAGUGAAUUGCUCAGGCUCACUGGAUGUUCAGCCUUUUAUUCUUCCUCAUCGACCUGACAACACCGAGAGCUGUGGUGAAAAUGUUCCCGCAUACCUCUGGGCUGAAGAAAGAAUACAGGCUCAUGCAGCACGUGUCCGUGAUGUGGAGCUUCUAACGGGUCUCGAUUUUUACCAGGGGAGUGGCAAGCCUCUCCCAGAAAUCCUGCAACUGAAGACAUUUCUGCCAACAUUUGAAACUCUUAUUUACUGAGUGUGUGUGAUUUAUUAGGAAACUUACAUCCUGGAUGCUGUCAGGCAUAAAGGAAUCUACAUCCUGGAUGUUAGCACUACUAAUCAAAAGACAUUGCUCAAUGAUUCAGUAUUUCCCUCCAUAACAGAUCUUUUGUGGAAAGAAAAGGGGAGUGAAGAUCACUGUGAAAACACAGGAGGGCUACAUACUGAAUACAGUGUUGUCUGGACUACCCCAUAAAAUCUUGUGAAUGAGGCAGCUAAAUUAGUUCCUUCUUUGUGCAAGACCCCCUGGAAGCAUAACUCAGUUACAGACCUUCAUUUCAUUAAGACAACAAGAAGAAAAACCCUCCCUCAAUUUUCUCCAAAUUGCAUAUGCUUCACUCUUUGCUGCAAUCCUUUUCCCUGCCCCACCACCCCCAUUUUCAUGAUACAAGGACUUCAGGCUUCAAUUUUAAUAUACUGUAUAAACAAAUGGCAUGAGAGAAUGAUUGUAAAGCACUCUGAAAAAUAAAAAGCAGCCAGAAGUUAUGAAAACUGCAAUACUUCCAGGCAGCUAUCAUCAGUCACCAUCUCCAUCGACUUCUAUCCUAAGAUAAGUUAACUCAAGAUUUUUCAUGGAAGGAAGUCUCACAUGCCCUGUGGGUGCACCCAAAUGCCUCUUCAGAAUGCCAGGGGCCCUUCCUGGAAUGUGACUCCUGCCGUGGGAAAGAUCAGGAAACGUUCCUUCCAUGACCUUACCUUAUCUUAGGGUUCUCUUGCACAGCUCAUUCAGAUCAUGGUUGAUGUUAAAUAUAUUUUCCAAGCUCAGUUCUGCACCCUUACAAGAUGCAAUGCACAUUGACUUAUGCAUUCUCAUCAAACUGCAUUGUUGAUGGGAACAGGAAUGGUGAUCUCCCACACCAAGACUCGGCUGCAGGGAAAAUUGUUAUUACUUUGCAUUCCACCAGCUCAGAAGGGGUUUCCCAGCUAAAUGCUGCUUGGCUACCAGCUGGUUGCAUCAACAGUCAUUCCAAUCAUUCCAAUCUCCCUGUAAGUUUCUUUUCAGGCCUACAUGGGCAGAUCACUGCACAGUGUAACCUUUCCCUAUCCGAACAGUUGAUUGUCCACAGGUCUAAUAGAUUUGUUUCUUGAGCUUCUUUUCCCAGCUUUUCUCACCAGUGAACGUUCCUUCAAGACAUCCUCUCGAUAAGGGACAACUGCAGAGGACCUACUAUCACCUCAAUGAGCCUGUCCAUAUUUAGUUUUGACUUUGGAAAGCAGGAAGUUGGAAAAUAAAGACAUUCCUAAUGAA